GAAGGACCUGCAUCAAAAAUUCAUUGUCAAUAUAACGAUAAUGUAGGCGUGCAUUACGCUUCGCCGGGGCUCUAGACUCCCGGUUGCAAGCCACCGCGCCUGCGCGCGGCAGGCGGGGCUUCGCUACACGCCCUCGCGCCCGUACACAACAAUAUACACCCUAUUUUCAAACUUUAGGGGUCGUAAUGGGUUGAUAUGUUGGGUAAGAGGUUAUGUGGGCGUAGCGCCGCCUCUUGUAACGUAGUUUGUUCAGCGUGGCGCGAGCGGGCGCGCGUGUUCAGUAAUGGUGAUGGAGCGGCUGGCGGACUUCGUCAGCAAGUCGCUGGAGGGGGGCGAAGCGCCGGCGCCGCCGCCGGAGCCCGGGGAGCCGGAGGACGCGGAUGAAGAAGUGGAUAUCACGGCGUUGGAGGCGCCAGCGCCGAAGCGGCCUAGGAAUUGGUUACUAUCACCCGUGCCCGCGCCCUGUAAACGGGAGGAUGAAGACGAUCAUAAACAUGAUGUAUCCGACAAGUCAUCGAACUCAAUCAGCAAUGGCGGCGGAAAGCAGCGGCGGUCUCGCACAAACUUCACUCUAGAACAACUAGGAGAGUUGGAGCGGUUAUUCGACGAGACGCACUACCCUGAUGCGUUCAUGCGAGAAGAGCUUAGUCAGCGGCUAGGACUCAGCGAGGCGAGAGUGCAGGUGUGGUUUCAGAAUCGACGCGCCAAAUGUCGGAAACAUGAGAGCCAAAUGCACAAAGGUCUGCUAGUAGCCGGGAGCGGCACCCCAUUAGAACCAUGUCGCGUGGCGCCGUACGUGUCGGUGCCGCGGCUGUCGGCGGUGCCGCGCGCGCCGGGCCCGCCGCCGCCGAUGCCGCCGCUCGCGCCGCACCCACCGCCCGCCGCCUUCGCGCCCUUCGACUCGGCGCUGCUAUCCGCUGCGGCACACCAGUAUGCGAGUGCAGCAGCAGCGGCGGCUGCAGCGGCGCUAUGCCCACCGUACGCCGGCCUGGCGGCGCUGGCGGCGCGCUGUCGCUCCUCUUCCAUCGCCGACCUGCGCCUCAAGGCGCGCCGACACGCCGCCGCGCUGGCCGCUGCGCGAGCGCCCACGCCGCCGAUUCCCGCCGACUCCGCGCCGCCCGCCGCCGCGCCUGCAGACGCAUAGCCUCACGCCAUACCGAUCAAUUUAACUGUGAAAUGUGUACAUAAAGAACAAAAUAUAUGUAACAAGGAAAGUUGAACGAAAUCGGGAUGUGGUUGUUUUUAGUGGAUAAAAUUAUUUCAAAAAUGCACAACAUUGAAGUUGUACUUAAGUAAGUGAUAAUAGUGAUACCGUCUUCAGCGAUGAUGUAUCAGGCAAAAGGUUAUUGAAUUUGCGUCGCGAGAUGACUAUAUUCUAGCUUAUAUCAAAAAUUUAAGAUAAACACACUACACUAUAUGUACUUAGUGUUUAUAUAAUCUAGGUACAUAUACUUAAUCACACUAAUUUCAUCUGAAAAUCAUGCAAUCUGAUUUAUUUUGAUUUUUAUUGAUCUGAUAUUAGUUUGGCGACCUAUUUUAUUAUUACCAGUAAAUGGACUGUAAAGUAUGCAUUCAAGACUUGAAAAUGUAAUGUUAAUUAAGAUACUAACUUACCUACUAUUAAACAUUAUAGACAAUAUGUUUGCGCUAAUUACUACGCUUCAAUGUAAUAGAACUUGGUUUAAAACUGGUAAUACUCUGACCAAUAAUACCUAUUAAACUGUAAAGUAUUUCUAAGCACAUUAAAACUGUGAUAAGUGUAUUGAAAAUUGUUCUCGUAAUUUAUUAAGCUUGUCUCAUGUUAAGAAGGACUUUCCUGUUAUUGUAAAUUUAAGUAUUUAAUAAAACAUUUGACUUAAUAAUUGUAAAUAAAAACUAAAAGUAGAUAGUGUUUAUAGUAUCCAUAAUUGAUGCUCUGUUCAUAGCUGUACUAUCUAAUUAAUAUAUUAUCUAGAGGAAAUCGUAAUAAAAAUGUUUUCUUACCUAUUUUUACCACAUUUUUUUGGCAAUCAAUUCACAAACCACGGAUGAAAUAAUGAAAUUAAAACCGUAUUAGGUUCAUAUUUUAUUAAUGAUGGAUGUUGCGAUACCCACUGUCCAUAAUUUAAAUCCAGGGGUGAACAUGGCAUUGUUUCUGCAUUUGCGCUGAUUGAUGACAACCCUGCCGGGCUGACUGCACGGUUAAUAAUAUACGAACCUCCACACCCAAAUCAAGCUAUCGUAAUGGACCAGCUACGUUAUAAUAGCUCUUAAUACUUGGACUUAAGCUACAUCGAAAUAGCACUAGACAUCGAUAGAAAAUGGAUUAUUGGUUUGCGGUGAUAUUUCUACAACACGCAGAAUUAUAAUAAGAGUACCAGGAAUUGGUAAACUCGCUUUUAGACUACCCAAUUUCUGAGCUCCAAUCUAUAGAAUAGGGCAGUGUAAAAGCAGUUAGGGCACAUAGUACAGGGAAAGCUAGGGAGAGGCAGGACACUAAAAGUGAUUAAAAAACAAAUUUUGUUUGUUUUACCUUUAACUUGGGUUAAAACUUUUUUGGGUUUUUUUAUAUUACAGCCAAAUAUGUCCUGAAAAUAAAGGUCAAAAAAAUGUUGGUCCCAUAAACACAAACUGCCUACUAUAUUACAGGUCUAUUCACGAAAGCUCGCACGAAUGGAAUGAAUGAGUGAAUGGAAUUAUCUAUGUGUGUAUCAACAUUAACCAAUAAAAUGGUGACUCUGACUGUAUACAGUGUAUACCGAUACAGGGGCCCAGGGGGCCUACCGCGAAAACCGAAAUUCGCAAAUUGCGGGGAUCUUUCUCUUUUAUUCUCACUAAGGCGUAAUUAGAGUGACAGAGCAAUAUGCCCGCAAUUGAGGAACUUUCGUUUUUCGCGAUUAUAGCCGAUGUCACUCAUACAGAUAAAGUUUCGUGUUCAUUAAUGUGUUAAGUGUGCUAAUUUACUUUGAGUAGUUCCAUAAAUUCUAGCUUUUGAGUAUGACGUAGACAAUAACUACAAUAAAAUUCAACUUUAAACCCCAUGAAACUUCGCGUGCUGUGUUUAUACGCACGGCAUAACAAUGUUACGCCAUUUGACAGGCCUUGUUUGAGCAAGCUGUUAAAAAAGCCCCUCCCUCCAAUUAGGGAGGCGCCGGCCCUGAUUGGCCGUAAUCCAGUUAGUAUCGGAGACAAACUUCUGUUUGUAGUGUUUAGUGCCACGUGUUUUCAAAUACCUUUGUGUAGUCUUCGUUGUUGUUGGUAAAUAGUCAUUAAAGCAUUCCAUUCCACCCCCUAUUUUCACCGGUUCACAUAUUCUCAUACAUUUAAUAAUUAGAUAAACGAAUUUUAGUUAAAGUAAAUACAAAACAAUUGCUCACCGAAUCAUAAUAUUCCAUUCGUUUUUCCGUGAAUUCACUUCACAGAUCCGGUUCGAAGGACCAUGUAGCAGGAUAACAAAAUCAUUUAUCUGCGAUGAUACU